AAGUUAGAUGUUCAUGCUGCUUUUCUAUUUGAAUUUGCAUGACCUGCUUUGAUUUAGUUCUAUUUCAGUUCAACUCUUUUGUAAAAACAUUUGAAUGGAUUUAAAAAUGAUAUAAAUCUUGAAUCAGGCCAUAAUAAUUAUGGUCUGAUGGUUACACAUUGUGGCAUUAGUCGCUCAUGAUGUGGCUUUUGUUAAGGUUCUUUGAUGUGGUGGAUGAUUACUCAAAUUGCUUCAGCUUUGAGGUUGAUCAUUUUUCACUUUGACAAGUUUGUGCCGUUAGUUUGAUACGUGUUGUGGAGGUUGGGACGUUUUCUGUCUCGUUGGAAUCAUAUUUGGUGGAGGAUGGAUGAUGAGAUGUUAGGAAGCCCAGCUACAUAUCGUUCAGACUCUACAGUUCGUCGUCCAAAUAUGAAGACAAGGAGAGUUUAGAGAGUAGCGGAGGAGCCAGUACCUCUCUUAUAUUCAAAGACAAGCUGCUUAUGAGCUUCCCUUUCCAGCAGAAGAAACUCCUUAUUAGGAAUUAUAUUGCAUUCAGGGCCGAUUGUGUACAAAUCAACACCAGUUUGUGGAAUAGCGUUUCCAUUAGUGAUAUAUUUCUCGGUGGGCGAACUUGGUAUUGCAUUGUAUCCAACAGAUCCGAGGAUGAUUCAACAGAAGAACUGGGCGAUUCCAUAUUAGAUUGCUAAAUCGACGACGCGGAAAAAUGUCAUGGGAUUGUGUGGUGUUUGAUCAAAUAUGAGGGUGCUUUCUUGGUUGUGUGGAAACUUGGGAAUAUCUUCUCAUUUGUUGUGAUCCAUGGUUUUGGUGGUUCUAUCAGUUCAGCUAUCAGAAAUCAGCAGUCACUUUCGUUUGAUUGGUGAUUUUGAAUAGCUUAUCUUCAUUUCUAGCUGGUUUCCAUUGAACACAAAAGACUACCAUGUACCAGUUGUUGAAAAAGUGAAACUUAAAAUAUUCCAAUUUUGUGAAAAGUGGACCAUUCCGUGCUAGCAAAAGGAUUAUAUUCAACUUAACAAAACAGAGAACCUCAAACUUUGAUAGAUAGAAAGACAAUUCUAGUCAAGGACACUAUUGACUUCCUGAGCAUGGCCUCAGUUCGCCAGAAGCUGCGCCUUCAGCCACUGAAUGCCAGUCCGCUAUUUCGUCGGCGCAUGGAUCACAAUGAACAGAAGAUGGUGGACUCGGAGGGUCUGCUGAUGCCACCGGCCAUGACCAGUACGCCGGUGCCAAACCACAACCAUGAUUACGAUGGGAUUCUAGCGAGGGGAAUCACGAAUAUGUCCCUAGGGAAUGCUGUGUGCACACGAUGCCAGGAGGGAUUCAGCGCACAUGAAAAGAUCGUCAACUCAAAUGGUGAGAUCUGGCACACGCAGUGCUUUGUAUGUGCUCAGUGCUUUAGACCUUUUCCUGAAGGAAUCUUUUAUGAGUUUGAAGGUCGUAAAUACUGUGAGCAUGACUUCCACGUCCUGUUCGCUCCGUGCUGUGGGAAAUGCAGAGAGUUCAUUGUUGGGCGUGUGAUCAAGGCGAUGAACAACAACUGGCAUCCUGAUUGCUUUAGAUGUGAACUCUGCACGGGACCACUAGCUGAUGCGGGAUUUGUCAAGAAUGCUGGAAGAGCUUUGUGCCGUGAAUGUAACGCGAAGGAAAAGGCAUCAGGAACAGGGAAAUAUGUCUGCCACAAAUGCCACGCAAUCAUUGAAGAAGGCCACUUGAAAUUUAAAGGGGAAGUCUACCAUCCGUACCACUUCAACUGCACAUCUUGUGGAAUUGAGUUGAAUUCGGAUGCCCGUGAGAAAAACCUUGAGCUGUACUGCCUGCGUUGUCACGAUAAGAUGGGUAUACCUAUAUGUGGUGCGUGUAGGCGUCCAAUCGAGGAGAGGGUCGUCCAUGCACUUGGUAAAGCCUGGCAUGUGGAGCAUUUUGUCUGUGCCAAGUGUGAGAAGCCGUUCCUUGGCCAUCGUCACUACGAGAAGAAAGGACUUGCGUAUUGUGAAACACAUUAUCAUCAACUCUUUGGCAAUAUCUGCUUCGUGUGCAACACAGUCAUUACUGGAGAUGUGUUCAGCGCCCUGAACAAAGCCUGGUGUGUCAACCACUUCGCUUGUGCCUUCUGUGACAAGAAGAUGAGUCAAAAAAAGAAAGACUGGUUUGGCUCUGGUGGUGAGAUGAAGAGAACCAAAUUCUAUGAUUACGACCUGCGACCAGUGUGUAAAUUCUGCUAUGACAAGUUCCCGUCAGAAUUGAAGAAACGAUUGAAGAAAGCGUAUGAAGAGCAGCCAAGGAAGUAGUCGUGUAACCACUGACGAUGAAAGGGACUGAUGUAUUCUCAUUGAAUCUCUUCAUAGGCUAUUGGACUGUUAUAUUACAUCAAAGCCUAGUUUCAUUCUUCAGAAUGAUUUGAAUGGUUGUAAUCAGGAGCUAGUCAAGAGCUACUUGAAGCUCUUUACCCCGAGUCAGAAAAAUGAGAGUGGGGGGUGGAAGUCUUUAAGAUUUUGUGAGGGUAAGUUAUCUCAAAAGCCAGUACCUUCUCUGGAAGAUAGCUAUUUCAAAGCUAUUUCUUGUUAACCUUUACAGGAAACUAUAACAAUCAAUGCCAUUCUUACAUGUUUGGUCAUUUAUAAUAAAACUAACAAAACAAUGUAAAAACUAUGAAAUAAUGUAUUCAGCCUUUUCUGACAAUGUGUAUCGAAAUUGUUAUUGUCUAUUUUUUGGACCGUUUGUGUCGGAAAUGUUUGCUGUUCUUCUGUGGAUUUCCAAUUAUAUCAACAAUGUAUAGAAUUAGUUAGUACUCGAAGAUAGAAUAUUAAGUGUAGAGUUUUAUAAAUAGUCUCCUUUAGAGAUGAUAUGUUAGACCUCUCAACUGGGGCCUUGCUGUACUUUCUUUUUUCCGAAUCUCUGAAAACGGACGUCUUCCAAAAAGUUUUAACAUUUUAUGGCCUAAACCUAAACAAAAACAAAAAAGUCGGUAAUUUCCGUUGACCUGAAUAAAUCACUGAGGGUUAUUAGCUGUGAAUAGCCCGAAAUUACAUGUUUUCUAAUCAGGCAGUGCAAAUUAUUGGCGCCUAAUUGGAGUUAUUGUUAAUGUAAUCAUGUUAUGGUAAUCACUUUUAAGUGUUAUGAUAGCUGAAAGGGUGGGGUUACCACCUUGAGAAGAUGGCACCUUUGGAAUCACGACUUCUGUUUGCUUCUCAGGUCACCACUUUGCUCCAGCAGAUGUACCUCAUAAUUCAAAUUGGCUGUCGGCGCAGUUGGUUGUGAGCGGUAGAAUCGUCAAAAGAUGACGACAUCAACACCAAAUAAACCACUGCAGCCUAGUGUAGUUUUGCUGCUACGGCAAGUUUGCCAAAAAACUCCUGGUGGAAUUCGUCGUAUGAUCAACCAUAUUGCCUCUUGUAUGUCAAGGUCACCCCACGCCCCUAUCCCUACAAGAUCUACUAUGUUACAAACAUCAGUGAGGUUUAUGUGUUCCUGUAAGUCCAUGAUAUGAAACUUAUUCAAUUAUAAACUUGUUUUCCAAAAUAAAUAUUGACAUGUAAA